AUGAAUAUUACAAGAAACCAAGCAAUUUGUAUAUACUUCUAUGUUGAUUAUACUGAUGAGAAUGUAAACCUAUAUAAUAAAAAGAUUGAAGGGUUUGAUGACGUUGAAAUUUAUUGGAAUAUGAAUGAGAAGGAGCCAGUUAUUGUAUCUAAGAAAAGAGUCCGAGGUGAUCCUAUGACUUAUAGAAAAUAUUUAGAGGCUAUUCUGUCCUUAGAUGAAGAUAAUAACAAAAGAGAAAGAAUAGAGCUCGUUAGCGAAUCGCAAGUAAAACAGUUUAUUAAUGAAGUGUACUGUUAUGAAAAGCCAUAUAAUGAAUAUAUAUAUUUGAAACAAACAAUUUCCACAAAGACAAUCUAUGAAACUGUUCAAAAUUACACCAUAGUUUUUGAGCAAAAGACAACGCAAGCAUUUGCAACCUGGUGUCGUAACAGUAAGUUAAGAUUUCUACAUGCAAAAGAGAAACGUGGUAAUAGAAGAACAAGAGAACUAUAUGUCUUGGAAGACAUUUAUCAUGAUGAUCUUGUUAAGCCAAUCUGUAGCUAUCUACAAAGAUAUCAAGAUUCUUUGAAACAUCUAAUUGAACAAGGGUAUGAGAUCGUAGGAUAUGCCCGUAAAUCUCCUACGGAUACUGAUAUUGAUAAUAGAGCCAGGCUACUCCAACUAAUGGUAGCAAAUUUACGUGAACGAUCGUUUGCAACAAAAGUAUAUGUGUCGCCGUGUAGCUGGGGAUCCUCGCCCUUUAUUAAAUGUGAUUUCAAAAAUAAUGACAAUAAAAUGAUGAAGAAAUCAUCUGAUGUAAAUGGAAAUACACAAGAUUUAUUACAUCAUUUGCAAUCAUCUGAUCAUAAUAUUUGUUUGGUCUCAAUUGAUUUUUCUUGUUUAACCUCUAGAAGUCAAGACAUUAGAGAAUUAAUUGAAAUGAGUUCCUCAGUAAAAAAGAUUGCAAUUGAAACGUUCACCCAAUGUAAUGAAAUGGGUAUCUUUAAUACUAAACUUUUAAUAACAGAUAAUAGUUUACUCCAAACAUUUAAUAACUGA